AAAGGGAGAGUGAAAAGGGUGGUGUGGAAUACAGCUGCCUGGUUUUACUGAACCCUGAACAGGGGCUUUAGGCUCAUUUCUUCAUUUCUUUACCAUUUUGGUGCUCUUCUGCCUUGUGCUAAUGGAACACCCAGAUUUCUGGGGAAGCUUCAAACAAGGUACACCUGGGGCUCUGGGCUUUACUAUUGACUACAUUUUGGAAAUACAGACUUGUCUUUAAGCUGGUCCUUCCUUCUAAUCUAAAAAGUGUGGAGUGAAUUACAUCAAGUGGACUUACACUUUCAAAACUGUAAAACCAUGCAAGUAACUCUCAGAGUAUAAAUUAUGAGGCUCAUGACUACUUAGCCCUUUAAUUAUUUAACUAAAUAAGUAUUGUACACUGGACAGAAGCAUGAUCAUGGAAAAGUAAAAUUUCUCAGCAAGUGGCAGUAUUUUUAGAUUAACUCAGGGCAGAGGGGAAAAGCAGCCUGUGUUAUUCUCUACAGAAAAUUUAGCACAGAGAACUUAAUGUUCGUUCUUGUCAGAGGCUGCAAAUAAAAGUUAACUACAACAGACCAUUGAUUUAUGUUACUGAAACCUUCCUGCAAUGUGCACAGAGCUGUUAAGGAGAGAAAAUACCAAAUUAGGAACAAGUGAAAACUGUCCAUAAAAUUUCCCUUUCUCUCCCCUGUUCUGAGCAUCAAAUUAUGGUGUAGAAACUAUUCAUAUCAAGUUUUUUUUGUCUGUUUUGCUCCGUUUUAAUCAUGUGACCCAGAAUACCCACAACUUCUACAACGGAGAAAGGCAUUGGAAAUUCACUUGACCAUGUGUCAAGUUCUUCAGCUGCCCUGGUUCCAGCAAAGCUUGGAGCAGUCUGUGCUGUCCCAACAACGCAACACCAGUAUCACAGGAAUGCUGAUGGAGAGGUGGUGUUAGAGCUGACUAUAGGAAUAGUGUCAGGGGCCUCUCCACCAUAAAAAUAUGACUGCUGGCAAGUACAGUAUGUCAGUUGCCCAGUAGUUAAUCUUGAAUUAAAUGGAUGGAUUACUUUUUGAGUAGAUGUAAACUGAGUCAUAUCUAUUGCUACAGUAUUUUGGUUGAGACAUUUGAAACUGAAAACAGGUGUUUUGCUAUCAAUUUUACCAUGCACAUGAAUGCUUUGAGUGAAUGAGGAAUUUCAUGCCCAUAUGAUGCUAGUUAAUGAUGUAGCAAUAUGUAAGCAUCAUAUGACAGGCACUAAGUGCAUCAUUCCUGUAAAAUCCAGAAAUGCUACCUUUAUUUAAGGAUGGAAAACGAGGCACAAAAGUGCAAGAAUUUGCCCCAGAACAUACAAAAAGUAAGAGAGAGAAUAUUUAUUAUAAGGUCCUCAAGCUCACAGCACCAGUUCAUUUAUUGUCCUUUAAAGUGAUUCUCUGUGUUAAAUAUACUUUUAGUAUCUAAUAAAUUAAUUUUGCGAUAAAAUUAGUUAAGUAGUAGAGCUGAAGAAAUGGGAAAUGAGCAUCAGAUGGUAACGCUUUCCAGUGUUUUAGCUCUAGGAAUAACCAGUAUCAUUGCCAAUAAUCUAGCCAAUGCUUAUUAUAAAUGUUAAAGAUGAUACAGUAAUUAAUGGAAUUGAUCAUAGUUAAGAUAUUACAAUUAUCAAGAGAAAGUGAAUUGCUUGGUAUUCUGUACUCAUCUGAAUAGCAGGUGUUUUUACUACCUCCAAGACAAAAGCCAUAAAUUUAGGUACAACGAAUGGAGGUCAGGCAGAGAGGUUGGGGCCAGGGCCCAGGAAAGUAGCAACCACACAUUCUGUCAGGGUUGUCCUCUGGGAGAGGCUCUGGAAGUCCUGCAGGAGAAUGACAUAGCAUUCUUCUCUGUUAGUCAAGGCCAAAAUGCAAACUGUCUUGCUUACUUGAGCAAUAACAUUAUCCCAAGCACGUGAAGCAAAUAUGUCAACAGUAUGUCCAGUGCAUUCAUUGGAACCAUCACCCUAAGGGGCCAGCGCAGUACAGCGCGAUGGCACUUUGAAGGAAUACCUCAUCCGUGACAAGGGAAACUUGACUCUGGAUUCUGGACUGCAGGUGGCCCACCCUUGGACUCCAUUCCCUGCCUCGGUUCUGGCCAUAUCACUUAAAAGCACCCUGGCAGGGGCUGCUGUGCACUGCCGCUUUAAGGCAUGCAGGCACUGCCAAGCAGCAGGUCCUCUCCACAGCUGGCGCACCAGGCGCAGGCAGCAAUCCUCUACUCGGCAGGGCUCGCAGUCGCUCGCUGCUCUCUACUUAAUAACAUUUGGCUGCUUAUGAGACAUCUGACCGGUGAGCUAAAGGCUUCUUUCUAGCGUGGCAGAGUUUCACCUGGUGCGGGCGGCAGCUGCCACCAUGGCAGCAGCAACGGGCUCUGCUGCAGCCAAAACUGCCAAGUCCUGCAAAAAGUAUCGAACGGUGAAGCGACACGCCAGCAUGUACACCUACCAGGAGCCGCCCCACAGCAACUCGGAAGAUGAUAUCAGUGAAGAAAAGGCUGAGAGCCAUGACCCAGAGCAGAUCUUUCAGAACAUCCAGUACCAGAAGGAGAUUAUGUCCAACAUCCGCUGCCGGCCGUGGCCGAUGAGGCAGAAGCUGAGGGCGCUCAGGCAGGCAAAGGAGAUCGUGCUGAAGUAUGAAGGGAGGCUCACAAGAACAAGAGGUUACCAAGCUGCUGGUGCAGAGCUUUGGAGGAAGUUUAUUCGACUUGCAUAUAAUUUUGUGGUAAUCUUUAUUCCUUGGGAAAUGAGAAUAAAGAAAAUUGAGAGUCAUUUUGGGUCUGGAGUUGCCUCUUACUUCAUAUUCUUGAGAUGGCUAUUUGGAAUCAAUAUUGUACUUACGAUAAUGACAGGAGCAUUUGUAGUCUUACCAGAGCUACUGGCCGGAGCACCGUUUGGCAGCACUGUCAGCAAGACCAUUCCCAAAGAGCAUAUUGCAUCUGCUCAGGACCUGGACACCAUCUGGUCACUAGGGGGUUACCUCCAGUACUCUGUUUUGUUUUAUGGCUACUACGGUCGUGACAGAAAGAUUGGGAAAGCUGGAUAUCGGCUGCCUCUUGCCUACUUCCUUGUUGGAAUGGCAGUGUUUGCUUACAGCUUCAUCAUUCUCUUAAAAAAAAUGGCAAAGAACUCAAGAAUGAGUUUAGCAAGCGCUUCUGAUGAAAAUUACACUUUCUGUUGGCGACUGUUCUGUGCUUGGGACUAUUUAAUAGGAAACCCCGAGGCUGCGGAGAGCAAAGCUGCUGCCAUAGUGAAUAGCAUUAGGGAAGCUAUAUUGGAAGAGCAGGAAAAGAAGAAAAGCAAAAACUUGGCAGUGACUAUAAGCUUAAGAAUUAUUGCAAACAUCCUUGUGCUUCUCUCACUUGCUGGAAGUAUUUACAUCAUAUACUUUGUCGUGGAUCGAUCCCAAAGGUUAGAGCGUACCAAAAAGGAAUUGACUCUUUGGGAAAAAAAUGAGGUAAGCGUAGUUGUGUCACUGAUCACAAUGAUUGCACCCUCGGCCUUUGAACUUGUGGCAGCUCUGGAGAUGUAUCAUCCAAGAACCACUCUUCGCUUCCAGCUUGCCAGGGUUCUUGUUCUAUACCUGGGAAACCUAUACAGUUUAAUCAUUGCUCUCCUGGAUAAAGUGGACAGUAUGAGCGUCACCGACUCUGACGUUAACAACAAUGCAAGUAAUUCUACCGCCUUCUCAACAACCAGAACUCUUUCUAAAGAAGACAAUAUAUCUACAACUAUUCCUGAUGUACAAAUUAAGAGAAACAACAUGGUCACAUUGGAAGACGGUCGCACUCCAGGCUUGAUGGUCUCUGACUCACUGGUUAACAAAUCAGCUGCCUUUAACUACAACACCCAGAACCCCCAGGAUCAGUGCUGGGAGACGUAUGUUGGUCAAGAGAUGCUAAAACUUUCAAUUAUCGACAUGAUUUUCACAGUCGCAAGCAUCUUGCUAAUCGAUUUCUUCCGUGGACUGUGUGUUCGAUACUUAAGUGAUUGCUGGUGCUGGGAUCUAGAAAGCAAGUUUCCAGAAUAUGGAGAAUUCAAAAUUGCAGAGAAUGUGUUGCAUUUGGUCUACAACCAAGGAAUGAUCUGGAUGGGAGCUUUCUUUUCACCUUGCUUACCAGCAUUCAAUGUUCUCAAGUUGAUUGGACUCAUGUACCUGAGGAGCUGGGCUGUGUUAACAUGUAAUGUACCACAUCAGCAGGUUUUCAGAGCAUCUCGAUCCAACAAUUUCUACUUGGCCAUGUUGCUCUUCAUGUUGUUCUUAUGCAUGUUACCAACAAUUUUUGCUAUUGCCCGAUAUAAGCCAUCUUUAAGCUGUGGUCCCUUCAGUGGACAAGAAAAAAUAUAUGAUAUUGUUUCUGAAACAAUUCAGAAUGAUUUUCCCACAUGGUUCAACACAGUGAUUACUUACAUCAGCAGUCCUGUGGUUGUCCUCCCCGCACUACUACUUUUAUUCAUGCUAAUCUAUUACCUACAAAGUAUUGCAAGAUCAUUAAAAUUCACCAACAAUCAACUGAGAAUGAAGAUCCAAACAGAAAGAACUGAAGAUAAGAAAAAGGUGGUUCAGAUGGCAGUUGCCAGAAUCCAAAAUCUGGAUGGGAAUGACAAGAGACCAGAGCAAGAAAGUGAUAUUAUCAGCCAGGAGUCUUCUGUUCGGUCCUCAACUCCCCGAAAGAAUGGCAGUGUCUUGAACUUUGAAUCUCCUGUGAGCAAAGGCACCAGAAUACAAACCAUUUCCCAGUCUGUGCCCCAGACUGUGCCCUCAGCUGAUGUUGCAAGACCCAUCAAUGCCACUCCCACAACUUCAACUUCUUUAACACCAGCUCCCUCAGUAUCAAGUGUACAGAAACCAAGAAAUGAUCAUAUCACAAACAGGUACCCAAGCCUUGUGCAUGGGAGUGCAAGUGAGCUCUGUAAAACAAAGCCGUACACACCAGUGAUUUUCAAAAAGCAUGCUGAACAUGUUCAUUCUGAGCCUCUCUUCAGAAAAGGCAUUCGGCAGGUAAAUCCGGAUGCUCUUGGGGCAGGGGCUCCUGGUUUUGUGGGACGCAGACCAUACGCUACCAGGUAUUUUCUUGUUAAUGAAAAUGAGUCCCGCAAAAAAUCGCUCCGUUCUGCCUCCCGACUCCAAAGGCACAUCAGAAAGGAUGAACCAGGAGACGUUAUUGAGUUGUAUCCACGCAAUGUCAGAAGAUAUGUGAUUCGAGCACCGCACCAGAUGUAUUCCCCUCACCCCAGUGAAGAUGAGGAUGAUGAAGAGGAACUUGGGAGAGAAUUAAUGAACAGAUCCCAUCGCCCUCGCUCGCUGUCUGAUCUUCGCCCAACACCACGAUUUUACGUUGGGGAACGUGCUGAUGGCCACAUCCUUAUGAGCAAGGAUCUAGCCAGAGUGCAUUACAAAUCCUGGGAUGAUGGUUUUGAGCUGGACCUGGACAGGCCUCCGUAUGCCUACAAGAAAGUGCACCUGAACUAUGCUGAGCCACGUGUGAAACCAAAAUCAAAGCAAAAGAUGGAGCAAUCUCUAACUGAAUCUGAUUCCAUCGAAUCCAGCAGUGAUCCGCAGAACAGCAGCAAUGACCAGUAUAUCCAGGUCAUUCAUAGCAAGGAAAAGUAUCCAAAACCUGGGACAAAACUCACCAAAAAGAAAUCAAAAAACAGCGUUGAUCUAAAUAUGUCUGAGCCUAAUGAACUGGUAUGCUCAAAUGUCUGAGAAAGUGCCCUAGCCCUUUUGUGUUUUGAACAAGUGUACAUGCAUUUGUUGUGCUUGCUGUUUGAGGUCUGUCGGAAUAACUAUGAUAUUGUCUUUGCAACAGCAGUAUAUACAGCCGUUCAAGGUGGGAAAAGCAUAGUUAGCCUUGUGUUUACUGUUAACUGUACCUCGCUUUAAAUAUCACACCCAACAUGUUGCAAAAUUUGGAAGAAAAAAAUUAUUACAAUUUAUUACUUACUGUUAUGUUGUUAAAAAAAAAAACCAAAAACCCCACCUACUGGAAAAUCAAAAGCUAUGUACUUGGGGCACUUUAAUUAAACCAGUACAAACCAUGUCAGAUGAGGCUCUCUUUGACAUAGCCACAGCUAAAGACGCUUCCACUGAGUAAAUUCAACAGUAAAUCAACUUCCUACAAAUAGAGUUGCUAUCUACAGUAUAAAUUAUUAUAUAUUGACAUGCCUAGUUUGAAUAUGGUAUAGCUCAAACAAACCAGCAAUAGGCUUAUUACAGAGAAUACAGGCAUUCUCUGGAGUGUACUGCAUGGGCAACCACGUUAUUUGAUCGUAGCAAUAGUCUUCUAGACGAAAUCCUAGGUCUUCAAUUCAUCUUCUGGUGAGACUGCUCAGCCCAGCCAGCUGUAAGUUUCACUGCAAGACUGUGGAAAACGUUCUGUCCGCAGCCUUUUAAAAAUUUGUUUCAUUACUCAUAAUUUAAUUGUCUCCUGUUCUUUGCACACCAUUGGAAUUUUACACCGUCUUUAGAUGCUGAAGAUUGUUUUUUUUCAUGCCGUUUGUAUUACACCGGGUUAAAAGAACCGUUGGCCUUCAGCCAGAACC